UGGAAGGAGUCAGAUCGAGCCGCCGCCAAGCGCGCCACUCACGCGCUCGCCGAUCUUGCCAAAAACGAGGAAGUGCUGAACGUGAUUGUCGAAGGAGGAGCUAUUCCGGCUUUGGUUCAGCACCUCCAAGCUCCUCCCGUGACGGAAGAAGACCUGGUUCAGAAGCUGUUGCCGUUUGAGCAUGAUGUUGAGAAAGGGAGUGCUUUUGCACUCGGACUUCUUGCCGUCAAGGAUCUGUUUCAGAUGAUUACUUGAACUACAUGUUGUUGCAGUUCCCUACCAAUGUGACUGGAUGGAUCUGUCAUACCCUAGUUACUUCAAGUCUCCUAAAGAUGAUUUUGACAAGGAAAAAUACUAUCACCAAAGUUGAAUAUCGAAAUGACUCCACCAUUUUUGGGUGGGAAUUGAUUAAUGAACCCCGCUGCAUGUAUGAUCCUUCUGGUGACACUCUCCAAACUUCGUGAUUUCAAGCAGCUAGAUGAGUCAACUUACUACAUGUGAAUGAAGUAGUCAAAUAGGAUUACUGCAUGAUGUUGGCCAUGGUCCCUUCAGCCACAUGUUUGAGGGCAAGUUCUUUCCCCGGGUCUUUAAUGGUGACAAAUGGUCCCAUGAGAAAAUGUCAGCGAAGAUGAUAGAUUACAUGGUUGAUGAACAUAAUAUUGAUAUUGAUCCUGAACUCCUCAAGAAAGUGAAGGAAAUGGUCACUUCAAGCUGUGGCAGUGCUACACAAAAUGAAGAAAAGGGCAUUCAACGGCAUGUUGCUCUUGCUCAUUUAUGUCCUAUUGAUGAUUGUAGAACUAUCUUCAUUGGCAACAAUGGAUUAGAAUUGUUGUUGGAGCUUCUUGGAUCUACAAACCUUAAACUGGCAGGCGGUGCUUCGCUGGCACUUCACAAGUUGGCUACCAGAGCCAUUUCUGUCCCUCUUAUUGAUGUUGCACCUUCAUCGUCAACUCCCCAUGAGUGCUUAGGCAAGCACUGUGUUAACAAUUCAACAAUUCAAAGCUCUCUGAUGUCACAUUCUUGGUUGAAGGUGGAUAUGUUGCUGCUAAAUUCUUUUUUAUUUAUUUUUUAUUUUUAAAAUUUAUAGUUGAUUUUUGUUUAUGUGCUGGUUUGCCCUGUUUUUCUUCUACAGAAAAAGAAUUCUAUGCUCAUCGAGUUUGUUUAGUCAAGUCAGAUAUAUUUUGAGCAAGGUUUUAUGGUGGUUACAGGGUAGGCCUUGAGUAUCCUUGAAAAAUUUUUAUAAGUUAUUUUCUUUUUCAUUUUAAUUAUGUAUGAAGUGCAGAUUAACUGUGAUUAAGCUCCUUUCUUUAUCAAUUGGGAGUUUAAAUUUUGUUGUCUAUAAGAUUGUUAUGUCUAAUUGACUAA